UGAUUUACGGAGCACGUGGUGUGCAGCGGAGUCAAAUUUUGUAUUCUUGACGUCAGUUUCUCCCAGAGGUUCACCCCCGCUUUGUUUGCGUUCUUGUAGCCUUAUUUACCCGUGUUUGUUGUCUGCUUGGGGUGCAGUGUCAGAAAAUGAGUUAUCACGCUAGUAGGACAUGGAAACCAGAAUACAAUGCCCGUCAAUCUCAAUGAAUAAUGGAAACUAAACCUGCGAAAAAUGGCGUUUGUCCUCCGGAAAAAUCAUGCAAAAAGAAACGAAGAGAUAAAAGUGAUUUAGGACCAAAUUUUGUUGCACCAGAUGGCGGCUGGGGAUGGGCUGUCUGUUUUGCUGGUGGUCUUUCAACGCUUUCAAUAUUUCCUGUCAUUCAACAAUUCGGACUGAUAUAUCGGGAACGUCUCAUGGACUUGAAUAUUUCGAAUUCCCAGAUAACAACUUUAAUAAAUGCCAAUAAUGCAUUGUCAUCAGUUACAGGCCUUUUGAAUGGACCCCUUUUCAGAAGGUUUACUUUUAGGCAAGUAGGAAUUGGUGCUGCCCUUCUCAACGUCUUGGGACUUUUCUGCGCAACACUGUCAAACUCGUUCCUAUCAUAUUUCAUCUCAAUAGCAAUAUUAUAUGGUGCUGGAUUCGGACUGUUCGCCUCAGCGUCCUCGCUUGCGUUGAACACUUACUUCAAGGAAAAACGACGUUUCGCCGCGGGUUUCUCAUGGACAAUGACUUCUCUUGGACCGAUUGUUAUGCCAUACGUGGUAACUGCUCUGCUUCGAGAAUAUGGAGUUCAAGGAACAGUACUCAUUUUCACGGGGCUCGCGAUGCAUGCCGUUGCUGGUGCUAUGAUCUUCCAGCCGGUCCUUUGGCACACAAAGCCUCAAAAGCCAGACCCUGCACAAGUUGAAAAAGAGGAAUAUCUCUGCUCUUACUGUCGACUACGGAAGAUGAAAUCGUCAAGUUUGUUGGCUAGUCAGUACAUUUACACUGAGGAUGACAAGGACAUGCCUGGAUAUGAAAUUUUCGACCCUGCCACUCCAAUGAUGGCCAAGGCAAAUGACGGGUGGUACUCCCCACCGAGCAGAUGCAGUUCCAGGCUUUCGUUGACUUCUGGAAAAUGGAAAUCCACCCAGAAUAUACCCCGCAAUAAAUUUUCUAGUCCAAAUUUCUCGAAACUGCAAGUGCCAGAGAAUUCAGAGGAGCAAAUGAGACACUACUUGCCCAACAAUUUCAAUAGAGAGAAAGAGGCCAGAUUAGCCAGUGAGAUCAAAGGACAGUUCGAGAAACCGAAGAUGUGCACCUGCGAUGAGGAGCGGAAACUCCUAGCCGCUGAACAAAAGGAAGAGGAGUGCGAGGAGAAAGAUGAGAACUUGCCAUUUUGGCGAAAAGUGGUUAUCUUUUUCGAUUUGGACUUACUAAGGGAUUUUACUUAUGUGAAUCUCAUGUUGGGCAUCACCAUUGCCAAUUUCGCGGAAAUCAACUUUUCAAUCCUGACUCCUUUCAUUUUGAGUGACUUUGGAUUCGACAAGCCGCAAAUAGCCUUGAUGAUGUCAUUGUUGGCAAGCAUGGAUACAGGAAUGAGGUUUAUGAUACCUUUUAUUGCUGAAAAAAUAGGUUGGGAUAAUCAGACAUUCUUCUUGUUGGGUGUCCUGGGAAUGGCUUGUGGAAGGAUUGUUAUUGCGCAUUUUCACUCGUUGCAAAUGAUUUUGAUUGCCGGAGCCUGGAUUGGAAUGUGCAAGGCUUUGAGGACAGUGUUUUUAGCACUGAUCAUACCAGGGUAUGUCCCGCUUAAUCGGCUACCAGCUGCAUCAGGAUUACAACUGUUGGUAUCAGGGAUGUUCACCUUGAUGGCUGGACCACUAGUAGGUGUCAUCCGUGAUAAGACCAAUUAUGUUUUUACUUUGCACUGCCUCAAUGUCCUGACGUUCACAACUGUGAUAUGUUGGACCGUUGGGGCAAUAAUCAACAGACGAAAGCGGAACAAGCAAAAAGCUCAGACUUCUCCUGAGGAGGAGUAAAUUUUAGGUCAAUAUCAAAUUAUGUAAAUAGCCAAGGAAACAACAGUAUUUCCACCAAUAGCCAUCACCGUCUAUCUGUAAUACAGAACGCUUUUAAUAGUUAGGAUAUUUAAAUUUGUAUUUAUAAGGAUGUAAUGAGGAUGUAUAUUUUUUAAAAUAAAAGAGAUUUGUGAUAGAUUAACA